GGAUAAGGUGUGCUCAUUGUCACUUAUCUGGAGCAGGUUUCUUUUACAGUCUCCGUCUAUAUAAAGUCAAGCGAGGGCUGGACUGGAGGUGCAGGGAGCCCCGGAGAGGCAGUGGACACAGCCAGAGAGAAUGCAGCAGUCGGGAACAUGAGCAAACCGCUGUGUCCUUGAUGUUGCAGGGGUAGGAGCCCAGCGCUGCCUCUCAGCAGAUAGGAAACCAGGGUGACCAGAGCUCAGACCCUGGCAGACCGUGAAAAUUUGGCCAGCUUGGUUUGGCCACCUGGCAAGGACCAGAUUCUGGGAAGCAAUGGUGAUGAGGGCCUUCGUGCUCUUGGCCGUCUUUGCGGAAGCGUCUGCGAGAUCCUGUACCCCAAAUAAAGCAGAUGUCAUUCUUGUGUUCUGCUAUCCCAAAACCAUCAUCACCAAGAUUCCCGAGUGUCCCUAUGGAUGGGAAGUCCACCAGCUCGCACUCGGGGGGCUGUGCUACAAUGGGGUCCAUGAAGGAGGCUACUACCAGUUUGUCAUCCCCGAUUUGUCGCCUAAGAACAAGUCCUAUUGUGGAACCCAAUCUGAGUACAAGCCUCCCAUCUACCACUUCUACAGCCACAUUGUUUCCAAUGACAGCACAGUGGUCGUGAAGAACCAGCCAGUGAACUACUCCUUCUCCUGCACCUACCACUCCACCUACCUGGUGAACCAAGCUGCCUUUGACCAGAGAGUGGCCACUGUUCACGUGAAGAACGGGAGCAUGGGCACAUUUGAAAGCCAAUUGUCUCUCAACUUCUACACUAACGCCAAGUUCUCCACCAAGAAAGAAGCUCCUUUUGUCCUGGAGACUUCCGAAAUUGGGUCAGAUCUGUUUGCAGGAGUAGAAGCCAAAGGGUUAAGUGUUAGGUUUAAAGUGGUUUUGAACAGCUGUUGGGCCACUCCCUCGGCAGAUUUCAUGUACCCCUUGCAGUGGCAACUGAUCAACAAGGGCUGCCCCACGGAUGAAACUGUGCUGGUGCAUGAGAAUGGGAAAGAUCAUAGGGCAACCUUCCAGUUCAACGCCUUCCGCUUCCAGAACAUCCCCAAGCUCUCCAAGGUCUGGCUACACUGUGAGACGUUCAUCUGUGACAGCGAGAAGCUCUCCUGCCCAGUGACUUGUGAAAAACGAAAGCGGCUCCUCCGAGACCACACCGGGGGCGUGCUGGUGGUGGAGCUCUCCCUCCGAAGCAGGGGACUCUCCAGUUUCUAUCACUUCUCAGGUGUUAUCUACCACCUAGUCCUGAUGCUGGGAAUCUGUGGAGUCUUGUAGGGAAGAGACAGGAGGGCAUCAGCCACUCCCCUCCCAGGAUCGCCUCCUC